CGGUCGCGCCCCAGAAGAAAUUCUCGAAGACGGCCGCGUGCGUCUACUCGAAGGCGAAGGGGGCCGUCACUCGGCUCACGGCAGACACCACGUUGGCCGGCGCAACCACGCUGCAGACGGUAGACUCAGCCGCGAGCACACUUGUCGCUCGCGCGCGCGCUCUCUCACUGAACCGCGCGCCAAGGGGAAGGCGAGUGUCCUAGUGAACCUAGAGAGAGAGCCUGUCAAAUUCGCUGCCCGACGAGGCCCACGAGGUGACGGCCCCGCUUCUCGAUACAAUUCCGAACAGGAAGGACCAGCUGCGCCGGGCCAAAGAAAAGCGCCGGCGCAUCGCCUAAAGCGAAAGCCCGGGCCGCGCAGCCUUUUGGCGGCUCCUGCCCGCGCUCGCGCAGGCAAACUUCGCGACAGAAAAGAAGCAAGGGCGCCGGCGCAUGCCGCCACGAAAUAAACACACCGGGCAGCGGCUGCCCUGCGCCCGU